AAGUUCGUCAUCCAGUAGAAUGAGAGGAAGAAACUUUGGAGUUUGUCACGGAUGUAGAAGCAACACUCACUAUUUCGGACAAUGCCAAUCAAAACAACAAUGCCCUAGUUGUGACCACAGAUAUCGAAAAUGUUUUGAGGUCGAACGGGAUACCAGUAACAAAGGGCGUUUGUUCUUCACAUGUAGCGAUGACUGCGGAUACUUUGAUUGGGUGAAAGAUGAAGUCUUCGGCGAGGAAUCGAGUUCGGUUAAUUGUCCGGUGAAUCAUGCACCCAACAAGGAAGACGAGGAGUUGCCAACGUUGUUUGACGGACUAGCUAGAAUUAGCGAGAAACGAGGCGUCGACAUAUCACUCAAGCUGACUUUCAGCAAGGGAAAAGAUAUUGCCAAAUGUGAUAAGCAAGGAAAGGGUCAAGUUGAAGGGUUUAUUUAUGUAUGUGGUUGAUGAAUUGAUAUCCUUGUUCUCGGGUUUAAAUGCGGUAGUUCCACUUUGACAUUGUUUCCCAGUGUAUGUAAUUAGGAGUCCUCGCCAAAACUCAUUGUUGAAUCGUUGAUGAAGUUUUUAUCAAUGUUUUGUUCUGGGAUAUAAAUUUUGAAGGGAAUUUGUAAUCA